UUCUGGAUUGUGGCCAAAACCCCAAUGUUUUUUCUUCCCCCAUUAAAACCCCCAUUUCAAUUCCUUAAAAAACACCACUCCCCUCUUCCCCCACCCCACCCCACCCACCCCACCCCCUCUGUGUUCCUUCCCUCUAUGCCCUAUUAAAAUACCGCCCUUCUGCGUCACACUCCAGUGCCUCUUUAAGUAUUUUUUGGGUUAGCUAACAAAACAUAAAAGAGGAAGAGAGAGACAUCAAGAAAAUCCCCUUUCUUUUGUUUCUCUCUUGCUCUAUCUAUGUCAAGUUUAGAUGUGUUUUGUGCUGUAAAAAUCCAAUCUUUACCAUUUUCUUUUAUGUUUUGAGCAAUAAUCUUGAAUACCCAUUUUUUCCUUCUGGGCUGUUGGGUGUUUUUGUUUAGUGUUCAUUGCUGUUUUCCUCACUGUUUUACUGGUAAAUCUUGGGGAUUUUCAGCAAUCUGGCUUGACUCAUUGGUUUGGGAGCUGGUGAAGGAAGGUCUUUUAGCAAAGUUUUUUAUCCCUUUCCGUCAUCAUGGAAGGGGAAACUUCUUGGGUCAGUCAUUCCUCAGAUUAUGUCGCACCAGACAUGGUGGAGUUUGAUUUAUUUUCGGAGCUUAACGAUGAAGACAAUAGAGAAGCUUCCUCAGUUCCUAUGGAUUUGAUACUGCCUGAUGAUUUAUUGGAACGGAUAUUGGCCUAUCUUCCCAUUGCUAGCAUUUUUAGGGCAAGUUGUGUGAGUAAAAGAUGGAAUGAGAUAGUGAAGUCAACGAGGUUCUCAUGGAACUUCUCUCAGGUGCUGUCUCAAAAACCGUGGUACUUUAUGUUCACAAGCUCAGAGGAGCCGGUUGGUUACGCCUAUGAUCCUUCUCUUCGAAAAUGGUAUGGUAUUGAACUCCCUUGCAUUCAGACAUCCAAUUGGUUCAUCGCUUCUUCAUGUGGAUUAGUUUGUGUCAUGGACAAUGACAGUAGAAGCGAGCUAUAUGUUUGUAAUCCAAUAACCAAAUGCUGCAAGAACCUGCUGGAGCCUCCUGGUGUCAAGUUUUCUGAUUACAGUGCAUUGGCCAUCUGUGUAAACAAGAAAACUUCUUGUUACAGUGUCGCCAUUGUUAAAUCUAAGCAAGUACCAGGUAACUUCGUUCAGUGGGAUCUCUCAAUCCACAUAUACGAUUCUGGAACAAUGAUGUGGUUUACCCCUUUGACUGAGGUUCUAACAGGCUGGAGAGGUGGGGAUGAAAGCGUCAUCUGUGAUGGUGUUUUGUACUUCUUAAUUUACGCGACUGGAGGUGGUGAUCCAGGCAAUCGUCAUGGUCUGAUCACUUACAACCUCUCAAGCAGAUCAUCAAAUGGUUCUUUAAUUAGGACUUUCAUUCCUGUGCCGUGUUCUCUAACGUGUGGUCGAUUAAUGAACCUCAAGGAGAAGUUAGUAAUGGUGGGAGGGAUUGGGAAACCAGAUCGGCCUGACAUAAUUAAGGGGAUUGGCGUAUGGGUACUUAGUGGGGAGGAAUGGCAAGAAAUUUCCCGAAUGCCGCAUAAGUAUUUUCAAGGUUUUGGGGAAUUUGAUGAUGUUUUUGCCAGCAGUGGUACAGAUGAUCUCAUAUACAUUCAGAGUUAUGGAGCUCCUACCCUUCUAGUUUUUGAUGUGAACCAGAAACAGUGGAGGUGGUCUCAGAAAUGUCCUGUGACAAAAAGGUUUCCCCUUCAGCUCUUUACUGGUUUCUGCUUUGAGCCAAGGCUUGAGGUGUCCCCCUGAGACGCGUUGCUGCAUUUCAAUUGAUGUGGAUUGGUGCACCUUAGAAUCCAAUCUUCAUUUCCUUUCAUGUCUUUUGAUUUUGUACUCCUUUUGUUGUUCUUUUCUUCCCUAUCUCCUCUCAGUGCAAAGAUUUAUGUGUUCUUGAAAGGUUUAUACAUGUACCAGCCGAUGAGGCUGCUAAUUUAUGAAAUGAGAAUAUUAUUAAUUUUUUGGGUA